GUGAUCGAAAACGACCUUGAAAUCUCGCCCUCUCAUCCCAAUCUACGGUCCGACGACGCUCUCGCUGUACCCAAGAACUCUUGCGCUCCCCGAUUCACAAUGACUGGUCGCGGUGGUGGCGGCGGUCGCCGCGUUCUCCUCUUGCCCAUUAACUUCAUCUUCAAGCUUCUCCAAUCACAUGCUACCGUCAGCGUCUGGCUUUAUGAGCAGCUCUCCAUUCGCAUCGAGGGCAAGAUUCGGGGCUUUGACGAGUUCAUGAACCUGGUUAUCGACGACGCCGUCGAGGUUAAGCAGAUCACCAAGACCAACGACAAGGAGACUCGGAGACCUCUGGGCCAGAUUCUGUUGAAGGGAGAUAACGUGUCAUUAAUCCAAAGCUUGGCUGGUUGA